UGUAACUUGGAUAGAAGAGGGGUUGAUCUUGAGUCAUUGCUUUGUCCGUGUUGUGAAGCAGGCCCGGAUUAGGGCAUGGGCAAACAGUGCAGCCACACAGGGCCCAUUUAUUUUAGGGGCCCAAAUUUUUUUUAUAAUAUAUAUAUUAUAUACACGAUAGUCGAACAAGAUACGGACUAAGGUUAAAGGUCAUCAAUCGCUCAUCGACCACGCACCACCAGAAGACAGAAGUGAAGUGACGAAGUCGAUAUUCGAAAUUGCACAACCAGUCGAGCACCUCUAUGAAAUCGUCCAUCAAUUCAGCAGCAUGUAGUGAUUUUCAGGUAAAAGGUUUCUACUUUUCUUUUUGUUUCAUGCCUUGAAUCAGAAUUGCCAAAUCAGAUUAUCAUUUUAUCAGACUAUGAUGUUAUGUUGAUUGUUUAAUUUUUAUCAGAAAUCAGAUUGCGACUAGCAAAUGUAAUACUAUUGAUAAACUAUCAAUAAAUCAACUUGAUUUAUGUAAGUUUUAAUUUCAUACGACUCCAAGUUACACCUAGCUUUCCUAACCCAAAUCAUUGAGUUUUUUUUGUACCCGUGAACAGAAUAUCAAGGUUCAGCCACUCCCGGUUUAGUAAAUAACAUCUAGGUAGUAAGGUAGGAUUUUAGGCAAGAGAAUGCAUACACAUGGUUUGAAACCCCAUAAAUCAACUCACGUAAGUUGUAACUUAUGUGGAGUUAAUCAAUGAAUGUGUGUUUCUGUGUAAAGAAAGUUUCUUGCACACUCAAGAUUUGCAGAAAAUGUUCCUGUAAUUUUUCUUCUUUAAAGGAUUAAUACCAACAAAAUGGUAAGAACCUAUGUUGAAAAGUUCAAAGGGGCAUAUUAGAUUAAGUGUUAUAACUAUUGAUGAUACUCUCCAUAUUGAAACAUGGAAAGGCUGUCACCAAGUUGAAAAGAUCUUGGUACUACUGCAGUUUCAAGAAUCAAGACAAAUUCAUAUUUUUGAAAUCCUUAAAAGUUGGAGGUUUUCAAGAAGUUGAAGAUGUACACUCUAUAGAUGGUGUAUGUAUGGUGAUAGAUCCGGAUGAAAAGAUUCAAGAUAAUAUUAUGAUGUUUUUGAUGGUUUUAUAAAGAAACCAAUUAAUGAAAAUUUAGUGUUUAAUGAAGAAUUGGAUAAUAUUUUGUUGGGUAAUAAGAGGUUAAGGAACCAUCUUCAAGGUAUGGUUUUAUGGAUAUCAAAUUCAGUAAAUGGACAAGUGAUAUAAGGUGUUGUUGGUGAAACAUGUCCAUUCACUUGGGUUAACUCUUAACCCAAAGAAUACAAAAUUGAAUGAAAAAAGGGGCCUUUUUAUUCCGGCUCGGCCUGGGCAUUUAAAUCCUUAGGACCGGGCCUGUUGUGAAGUGGAACAAGAGGAGAGGAAUCAUCUAUUUUUCGAGAGUAACGUUGCACGUCUACUUUGGCUUAAAGUUGCUAAGUUGGUGGAUAAGUCAAUUCCUACUUUUCGUGAAGUGACAGAUUUUUUUAUAUGGAUUGAUGGUAUUCCGGCCGCUCGGUUCCAAAGGAUGAUCAUGGAAUCGAUUUGUGCUUCUCUCAUUUGGGUCUUAUGGACGUAUCGGAACAAUCUUGUUUUUGGCAACAAGAAGAAGUACAAGAAAGAGUUUAUAUUUGAUUCUAUCAUUUCUUUUUCUUAUAAUUGGUAUUGUAAUAGGAAUCGUAAAGCUAGGAAAAAUUGGAAUGAGUGGAUGCUUAAUCCUCUCAUGAACUAAUUUGUUCUUGUUUGCUAGUUCUUUUGCUAGCCUUUUUAUUUCAUUCAGUCGUUCAAAAAAAAAUAUAGUAAAACUUGUGAGGCAGGAAUGACCAAAUUCACCACAGUAUAGUUUUUUAUUUUUUAUUAGCUUAUAGUCCGUGAGAAUCAUUUAAACUUUUUAUAUAGAUAAAAAAAAAUAAUAAAUGUAAAAAAAAUAAUAUAUUGUCGAUUGUAAGUAUGAAUUAAUUUGUUAAACAAAAUAAACAUCAUAACGUUAUUAGGAUAUGAUUUUGUAUUUUCAAAUUUUGAAUUGAAUUUGAUUUGUUAUAAAAAAUAAUAAUAAUAAAAAUCAUAGAAAAAUGUCACACAUCAAAGAAAUAUUUUAAAAAUUUUAGAUUUCAUUUAUUAGAAGAGAUGGAAUAGAAUAAAAUAGAAGAGAUAGAUUUUUUAUUUUUUUGUUUAAUUUUUACUUUUUUUACUUUUUUGUAUUUUGCCCCUUUUUUUAUUUUAACCAUGUCCAUCUCACUUUUUUGUAGUACUAGUCAAACACGAAAAUUCAUUUGUCCGAUUUGGAAUAUUUUAUCAAACUUGGAAUAUCUGGCCAAUUAAACUAGGACUCCACUAUUUAAAACUUAACUAUCUUCGAGAUUUUAUGUUUCAUCAAAAACGACCUUUUGGCUUUUUCGAUCAUAACUAAAAUGUCAGUUUUUUCUUCGCCAUCAAAGUCAAUAAAAGAUAGCCAGCAUGACACAGAAGAAUGGAGACAGUGGCCAAAACUGAGAAGAAACCUCAUGUCAUCUUUAUCCCACUUCCAGCACAAAGCCACGUUAAGGCGAUGCUCAAACUAGCGCAGCUUCUUCACCACAAGGGACUCCAAAUAACAUUCAUUAACACAGAGUUCAUCCACAAGCGUUUGCUCAAGUCUGGUGGUGUCCACAGCCUCGAUGGAUCAAAUGGUUUCCAAUUUGCAACCAUUCCAGACAGCAUUCCUCGCAGCUCUGAAGAUGACGAUGGUCUAGAACAUCUCCUUCCUUGUGUUGAAACCCACUUCCUGACUCCUUUUCUUGAUCUUGCAACCAAACUCUCAUCUCCUCCAACUCUUAUCAUCUCUGAUGGCUUCAUGUCGGUUUUCACCAUUGAUGCUGCAAAAAAGUUGGGAAUCCCGGUCAUGCUCUACUGGACGCUUGCAGCUUGUGGCUUCAUGGGUUUUUACCAGACUAAAUCUCUCUUGGAGAAAGGACUUACACCACUUAAAGAUGAAAGCUACUUGACAAAUGGAUUUUUGGAAACCAUUGUUGAUUGGAUCCCGGGAAUGAAAGAAAUCCAGCUUAAGCAUUUACCAAUAUUAGACCCUUCGCACAAACUGUUUACGUUCUCUAUGGCAGCUACACAAAAUGCCCACAAAGUCUCAUACAAUAUUAUUCACACGUUUGACACAUUGGAGACUAGUCUUGUGGAUGUUCUUUCGUCCAUGAUUCCUCGUAUUUACACGGUUGGUCCAGCGCAGUUACUUCUUAAUCAGAUUCCGGCAAAGGAAAGACAAGCUAAAAUGUCGAAUUUCAAUGGAUACAGCUUAUGGAAAGAAGAACCAGAGUGUUUGCAAUGGCUCGAAUCCAAGGAAUUAAACUCUGUGAUUUAUGUGAACUAUGGGAGUUCAACAGUAAUGUCUCUACAAGAUCUUAUCGAAUUUGGUUGGGGACUUGCUAAUAGCAACCACUAUUUCCUUUGGAUAAUUAGAUCCGAUGUUAUCGUUGGAGAAUCCGCAGUUUUGCCUCCUGAGUUUGAGGAGGUUAUAAAAAAGAGAGGUUUUAUAGGAAGCUGGUGUCCACAAGAAAAGGUGCUGGAGCACCCUUCCAUUGGAGGGUUCUUGACUCACGGUGGUUGGGGUUCCACCAUCGAGAGCUUGUCUGCUGGUGUACCAAUGAUAUGUUGGCCAUAUUCGUGGGACCAACUGACGAAUUGUAGGUAUAUAUGCAAGGAAUGGGAGGUUGGGAUGGAUAUGGUGAAGGACGUGAAAAGGGAUGAAGUUAGUAAGCUUGUACAGGAGUUGAUGGGUGAAGGAGGUGACAUGAUGAGGAAGAAAGCCAUGGAGUGGAAGGAAAAGGCUCUUGUCGCAACAGCUCCCAAUGGUUCAUCGACCUUGAACGUGAACAACCUUGUCGAGGAAAUCAUAAUGUUGUCAAGAAACUAAAAAAAAAAUAUUUAUACAUUAUUUUCCUCAUGUAUUGUAUAGUCGUUAAGAUUUACCAUGUUUUAUGUAAUAUUUUUAUUUUUAAUGGUA